UGUCGCUUCCGGAUGCGGUGAAACGGCAGAUACGUAGGAAAACACUGCACGAACAUGGAUUAAUUUAAAUGGCAAGACGCCGUCCCGAAGGUCCGAGGGCAUAUCAGCGCAGUCUACGUUCAGUCCGCGAAGAUAAAUAAAGCCGAUGGAAACUGUUUGCGACCGCUUUUUCUACCAAAGUCCCGAGUCCAUGUUGUUUAUACGGACUAGUCGUGUUUUUGUCCUUUUGCUAGCUUAAGCCAGUGUAGCGUUAGCUCGGAGGCGCAAAAGAAUAUAUUUGCUCCUCUGAUAAAGUAUGUGACAUCUUUUCUUGUCUUUGCAUUUAUAUUGCACGUCACGACACGACUCUGAAAAGCGCCCGGACUUAGUUCUGGUCACUUUGAGGUCGAGGCUUCGUUGGAAACGCUUGUUGCUGACUGUCAACAAAACCGAAGAGUCGCACAUCCAGGAGGCGUUUGGGAAAAACCGUGUCUGAAAACGCUCGUCGACGUCUCGAAGAAGUGGGACAAGAUGUGCGCGCUGUGGACCUCAGGCAGCACACACAACAUGCGUAAAUAGCACCUUCUCGUCAGCUGUUCCUCCGUCUUCUCACAAACAGCGACUCCGUCUUUGAAUUUCGCUGAAGUGGAGGAAGUUUGUUUUUCUCCUUGGAUUUUUGCUUCAACGCGGCUCAUUUCUGCUUAGUUUGAGCUCUUCUGAUCAACAGUGAAGGAUGAAUGGCCUCUCUCUCAGUGAGCUUUGCUGUCUCUUCUGCUGCCCGCCCUUCCCCAGUCGCAUUGCAGCCAAGCUGGCCUUCCUGCCCCCUGAGCCCACAUACACCUUCCUUCCAGACCCAGAGACGGGCCCGGCCGCGGGGCCGCAGGCGAUGGGGUCAUCUAGCCUUCGGUCGCGCAGUGGCGCCUCGGUUGCAGGAAGCGGAGGGGCUGGGACUGUGGAGGGGAGGUGGAAGCUUCACAUGACAGAGCGGGCAGAGUUUCAGUACUCGCAGAGGGAGCUGGACACGGCAGAGGUGUUCCUCACACGCUCCAGCCGCGGGAACAAAAUAGGCUGCAUGUAUAUUCGCUGUGCUCCCAAUGCAAGAUUUACAGUCCUUUUCUCCCAUGGGAACGCUGUCGACCUGGGGCAGAUGAGCAGUUUCUACAUCGGCCUUGGCACUCGUAUCAACUGCAACAUCUUUUCCUACGACUACUCAGGCUAUGGUGUCAGCACUGGGAAGCCAUCGGAGAAAAACCUCUAUGCAGACAUAGACGCUGCCUGGCAUGCCCUGCGCUCACGUUAUGGCAUCAGCCCAGAGAAUAUUAUCCUCUAUGGACAGAGCAUUGGUACAGUUCCCACUGUGGACCUGGCAUCACGAUAUGAGUGCGCUGCCGUAGUCCUUCACUCACCUCUAACAUCUGGCAUGAGAGUGGCCUUUCCCGACACGAAGAAAACCUACUGCUUCGAUGCUUUCCCCAACAUUGAGAAAGUUUCCAAAAUCACAUCUCCAGUCCUCAUCAUCCACGGCACAGAGGACGAGGUGAUCGACUUCUCCCACGGCCUCAGUCUGUUUGAGCGUUGCCCCAAAGCGGUGGAGCCUCUGUGGGUGGAGGGAGCGGGACACAAUGACAUUGAACUGUACAGCCAGUAUCUGGAGCGCCUGCGCCGCUUCAUAGGACAGGAGUUAGCGGUACAGCACGUCUGACCAUCACCACUACAACCAUUAUCAGUUUUUAAAUGAACAUUUUUCUCUGCCCGCUUAGGGCUUGGCCUCUGUUUCUGGGGGGGGGGGGGGUCUCAGCCGUCCCUUUGCUCAUCAAUGCUUCCUGGACUUCAGCCUUGUACAUCCUGUUGUGCUCAGUUUGUUCUUGUAGUGUGCAAUAAUAUAGACGGUGACCACAGGAAAAGGACCUUCGCUGAACCACUUUAUGGUUCAAAUAGAACAUUUUUGUUUGUUGUUGUUUUCCCUUUCAGCUCAUGCAGUUUGUGUAUAAUCUUAAUUUAAACCAAGUUAACUAGAUGAUGUGAUGAAGCAUGGGGGCAGCGUUUUAUGCUCUGACAUGAUGGGGGGCUGCUUUGGGUUCUCAUCGGUUUCAAAACCACAAACAGGUUUGUCUACAUUGAGGAUCAAGCUUUUAUUAGUAAUUCAUCUACAAUCUAUUGCAAUUCUAUACAAAGUUAUCCUCUGGUGAGUCUCUUCAGCACUGAUCUCUUCAAGGUGGUGGUGGUGGUGGAACCACAGUCACUGACACCGUGUCUUAUACUAAUCUGCUCUGUGUGUGCAGAUCUGAGGGGGACGAGGCUUUGGGUUUGUUUUUAUUCCUGGGGAAAUGACCACGAUGCAUAGGGAGAAGGUUGUUUUUUACUGAACAUUCAGCUCAGGUAAUUCUCUUUUAGACACUAGUGUUUUAUGCAGAUCAAAUUCACCCACGGUGAAUAAGGACCGGUUUUAUAAUUUUAUUGAAUUCAUAAAGCUCUUGUAACCGAGGUUAGCAUUGCAAACUUUAGCUAUAAAAGUCCUUCUCCCAGAGAGGGUGCAGCGUUGGGUUUGUUCAGAGAGUCUAAGAGGCUGUUGACCCUCUCGUCUUUGUUUUGGUUUGAACGUCUUGUUUGUCUCACACCAGCAGGUCACAUCUGUCUGUAAAGUUCCUCUUUCCCUUGGUGUGUGGAACAGAGAAGUAACAGGCCUGGUUUCUGUCUUAUACAGGUUAUUUAGGGUAAUGCGGGCAAGUAAAUAAAUAAAUGUAUAUAUAAAACAUUUUUAAAUGUUACUUAAUAACUUCCACCCUCACAUAAGCAAAGAAACAUACCACAGUGUAGUUCUACUACUGGACAGGAGUUCAGUGUUCAUCGUUUAUCAUCUUGUUUGACGAACUAGACACCAUGUAACUGGUUUACAGUCGGCGUCUUGACGAGAUCAGUAUUAACAGCACGCGUUCCUAGACAUUUGUGGUGGUUCUUUGGGGAAACAUCACUGAUUGCUGUCCUGUUUUGGCUGCUCUGAAGUCCUUUUGGGUUGAAUCGCCUCCACUUUCUUUUGAACUGUCUUUCCAGGACUAGACGUGAGGGUGCAGUCAGAAGCAUUUAUCUCAAAGGUGCAACACACGAGACACUGGUCUCCUUCUAUUUACGGCAACAAACCAAGUGUUUUUAGUAAACUGAAUUGAUUUAUUGGAAUCUUCACUGACAGUUUCUUGUUGAAGCCUGUUGGUGUAUGUUUGUGUGUUUUGCCCAGUCUGCCAUUGUCUUUAUUUGUAUCUUUAUAACCAAAGGCUAAGUGUAAUGUUAUUUAUCUAUAAUCUUGUUCCGCUAAAUAUUUGAAGGCUUCUAUAAAUGAGUGACACUGCUUAAUAAUUACCGUAUCAUGUUGAGUCCGAUUUUCAAUAUGCAAAGGAAGCAACCAAGUAACGGUGUUUGGUUUUUCAAGCUGUUAUUUCACUUUGUCGUGUGCGUGCGCGUGUGUGCGCGUGUGUGCGCGUGUGUGUGUGUGUGUGUGUGUGUGUGUGUGUGUGUGUUGUUUUUCCUUGUAUACUGACUCAUUUAGUUUUGAAAGUCUUUUCUCAAAGCAGAUUAAUUAGACAUUAAUAAAAACUUAAUCAGCGAUUGACAA